CAUAAAUUUGAUAUAUUUAUUUCAUUCUUGCCGCAACUUUUGUGUUCCUAAUAUAAACCCUAGAAGCCAACAGUGAGGUGCAGAGAAAAUGGUGACAGCUCCAGGACAGUUGAUCUGGGAGGUAGUGAAGAAGAGCAAUUGCUUUUUGGUGAAGCAGUUCGGAAGAGGAAAUGCUGGAGUUCGGUUCAGCAAAGAGCUUAACAAUCUCUACAAUCUCAACUCCUACAAACACUCUGGGUUGGCAAACAAGAAAACAGUCACCAUUCAGCCAGGGGACAAAGAUCAGUCUGUUCUGCUGGCAACCACCAAAACUAAGAAACAGAACAAGCCGUCGGCCUUGCUUCAUAAAUCUGUCAUGAAAAAGGAGUUCCCCAGGAUGGUGAAGGCAGUAAAAAACCAGGUGACAGACAACUACUACAGGCCUGAUUUAACCAAAGCAGCCCUAGCGCGACUGAGUGCUGUGCACAGGAGCCUGACAGUUGCCAAGUCUGGUGUCAAGAGGAGGAACAGGCAAGCGUUGAAUAUCCGUAGCAGGAAGUAAGCUAGGCAAGUUUAAGUUGUGUUGUGCCAUGGUUUUCAUUCUAGACAUUUCUUUA